UUUUUUCCUUUUUCUUUUUUUUGGGGGAGGAAGUUGGGAUAGGGAGGCAGCGGAGCAAUUGGGAUUAGGUUACUUGUCCAGAGUUACACAGCUAGUAAGUCUGAGGUCAGAUUUGAACUCUGGUCUCUCCUGACUACAGGGCCAGGGGUCUAUCCACUGUAUUAGUUCCACCCGCCUUAGUCUUUCCCUUGAGCUUGAAUUCUACCUUACAUAUCAAUAGAUACGAACAUUUCAAUCAAAUGUUGAGAUUUAUAUUCAGCAGUCUGGAUGUUUUUGGCUUAGCCUUUUUAUUGUUAUACAUAAAAGGGAAGAGUAAGCAGGUCCAACAGCCAUGUUCUUUCAAGUGGAGGAUAGCUGGCCAACUUAUAAUAAUAAGGCCACUUUUAGUGAUGAGAGUUGAUAAAAUGUGUGUGUGUGUAUAAAUAUAUAAAAUGCCUACUGUCCACCAAGAAGUUUAUAUUUUAAUUGAUAAAUUAUCUGUUUCAAGUGAGAAGUUUGUUCUGGAGAUGAAACAAGUUGUUAAGCUAUUUUCAUUUCCAACUCUCAAGUGUCCCAAUUUUUAAGAACUUAAAAUUGCAUUAAGACUUUUUUCCUUUCCCAGAGAAUUGAUCCUUGUAACAAAAGAUUAAAAAAAAAAAGGAAAAAAAGUAGUUCAUCAAAACAAAGCUAUUCAACAUAUCAAUUGAGUCUGACAAUAUCUACAGUGGUCCACACUUACUGUUUCCAACCUCUGCAAGAAGGAGGGAGCUACAUUUUCUUUUCUUUAGGGCUAUGUCAAGUUUAAAUUUAUGAAGACUUAUAGAAGUGUUUUGACUUGGAACUUUUAUGAGAAGAGUAACAUGGAUUCAAAAAGGUGAUGGAAUAUCUAAUUGGUGGAGAUGUCAAAUCUCUCUUACAUAUAUAUGGUUAUUUUGAUGAAGAAAUGGCAAUAAAAUAUAUUUCUGAAGUAGCACUAGCUCUAGAUUACCUUCAUAGACAUGGAAUAAUCCACAGGGAUUUGAAACCAGAUAAUAUGCUUAUUUCUAAUGAGGGUCAUAUUAAACUGACAGAUUUUGGCCUUUCCAAGGUUGCUUUGAAUAGAGAAAUUAAUAUGUUGGAUAUUCUUACAACACCCUCAAUGGCUAAACCCAAACAAGAUUAUUCAAGAACUCCCGGACAAGUUUUAUCUCUCAUCAGCUCUCUAGGAUUUUAUACACCAAAUGAUGAGAAAAUGGAAGAAACGGUUGAAGCUAUGUCAAGCCCUGUAUCUGAAAUUUCACAAGUUUCUAAGGAUUUUCCUUGUCCAAUGUCUAUAGAUCAAAAGGAUAAUGCUUUAUGUUCAAGUAAACUUCUUCAAUCAUGUCUUGAUACUGCUGUUUUAAACCCUGGGAUGCCUGUGAAGUAUUUGACUCCUAAUCUAAUACAAUCCAGAAAUACUCUUGGUACUUCUAGUACCAGUAGCCAGUCUCAAACUUUUGUGUCUAGUUUGGAGUCUGAGUGCUGCAGCAGCCCCAGAUGGGAGCAAGAUAACCAGGAAAGUGAUGAUGCUGUGAAAAUGAGUAAUGAUGCAGUGGAAAAUUCUUCAAGUAAUAACCUUGUGAAUGCUAAAGAAACCAAAAGUUUAAAAAAAAAGGAUCUUGAGUCAGCCAUUUCUCCAAUUGGUGUUAGUAAUAAUUUUAUGCCUGCUGAUGUUGGGAAUGCUUCAUCAAUUACUUCAGAAGCCAAAAAUCUUGUUAGAAAAUGCCUUUCUGAAAAUAAAGUUUGGGAAGCAAAAGAGCUUUUAAUAAAUAAAAAUUGCAUGAGUGCUGAAACUGUAGAGCCUGGUUUCCAGCAGCCACAUCAUUUUUUAGUGGGUUCCGGCAAAGAUGAAAUGGUUAAGAAGCAUGAAGAGAAAAAAGGCUUAAAGAGGAACUUUAAAUUAGUUGAUUCUAGCCCCUGUGAAGAGAUUAUCCAGAACAAAAAAAGCAGUUCAGAAUAUAGACGUGGUUAUAACAUCGAUUUUUAUUCAAAGCAAGAUACAGGUUUGACAUCUGACAUUCACUGCCUUGUGUUGGCUGGAGACAGAAGCCAUCAAAUUGGCUAUGAUAAGGAAAAUUUUGACAACAGUUCUGUUUGUGAGCAACAGACACCAGAAAGUUCAGUUACUGAGAUGAUAGAGAAAAAUCUUAUGUGUGAACUAGAUGAAGACUGUGAAAAAAACAGUAAGAGGGAUUCUUUGAGUUCCAGUUUUCUAUAUUCUGAUGAUGAAAGAACUCAGAAAAGUAUAUGUAUGGAGUCUGAUACAUCUUUUCCUGGAAUGUCUGUUAUUGAAAGCUCUUUAGAAAACUACUCCUUAGAUCAAGAUAAAAGUAUUAAAGAAUUCUCUUUUGAAGAAUCAAAAAUUGAACACCUGCCAAGCUGUCAGGAAAAUAACUUGCCCAGAGAGGAUAUCCAGGAUGCUAAACUUUACAACAUGUUAGCCCCUUCCUCAUCAGAAGUGGUGAAAGCAUUCAAUCUAUUUAAGAAAAAUGCUGUCUUUUUUCGCAGUUAUAACAGUCAAAUAAAUACAUCCAAUACAUCUGAACCAUCAAAAAUUAGCAUUGCUUCUUUGGAAAGAAUGGACAUCUCCUAUGCUUAUACUGGUUCUUAUCCCAUGUCAUGUACUCCUGCUCAAAAAGAUAAGUCAUCUUUGGCAUAUCAGCAGACUCCACGUCAGACAAAGUCAGGGACUCCAUACCGAACCCCAAAGAGUGUGAGAAGAGGAGCAGCCCCAGUUGAUGGUGGACGAAUUCUUGGAACCCCUGACUACUUGGCCCCUGAAUUGUUGUUGAGCAGUUCUCAUGGAUUUCUGACUUCUGGUCCUGCAGUAGAUUGGUGGGCCCUUGGAGUUUGCUUAUUUGAGUUUCUAACAGGAAUUCCACCCUUCAAUGAUGAAACACCACAGCAUGUGUUCCAGAAUAUUUUGAAAAGGGAUAUUCCUUGGCCUGAAGAUGAAGAAAAAUUGUCUGAUAAUUGUCAGAGUGCAAUAGAAGUUCUUUUAACAAUAGAUAGUUCAAAAAGAGCUGGACUGAAAGAGCUAAAACAGCAUCCUCUCUUCAAGGAUGUAGACUGGGAGAACCUACCAAAUCAAACAAUGCCUUUCAUACCUCAACCAGAUGAUGAAACCGACACUUCCUAUUUUGAAGCCAGGAACAAUGCUCAGCACUUGACUGUCUCGGGAUUUAGUCUAUAGCACUACAAGAAGAUAACUAACUUUACUGUUUGAUCAAUCUUGUGAUAACAAUGGGCUUACAUUUUCUAUUAAUACCAGACUAAGUCAGUAGCUUAGGAAAAAUUGCCUGUUAAUUUGAAUAGUCGGUUUUUGAUUUAUAGUGACUACAGAUACACAGAUUUGUAAAAUCACUAGUUUAAUCUUCUCAGAGAUUACUGUUUGUCUUUAAAUUUGCAUUUUUUCAAUCUGUUUCAGGUUAUAAAAGUCAAUAGUUUAUCUUAAACUGAGAAAUUAUUGUACAUAUACUCAAAUUUCCUUUUUCUACUUUUUUUUUUUUUUUUUUUUUUUUGCACUUUAUAAAAGCUAAAGUAUUAGCAAAACUGAAAUGUCACUUUGGAGAGAGUGAACAUGAUUUCCCUCCCUCCCCCUUAUCUGCUGCUCUUAAUGCAUCCAGUUUCUAGAAUUGUUUGCAAUGAAAAAUAUAUUGCUAAUAUACUUAAAUGUUAUUUAGAUUAUAUAUAAUUACUAACAAAAUCCUGUUUUUAUGCUCAGUACGCUGAGGUUUGUCUAAGAUAAUCUGUCAAAAUUCAUGUCCCAACAGAGCAGAAGACUUCCACCAUUCUAUACCAUUCUUUUGAGGAAUACUAGAAAUGAACAAAAGAAAUACAGAUUAGCAACCUAGGUCAGUUAUAGCUAGGUAUUAUGCUUAGUAAUGUUGCUGAAAAACUUUGAAAUUCCUGCAUUUGUAGCAUUUUUUUUUAAGUUUAUUCAGUUUUAACAGUGUUUUGAUAUUUUGUCUGUCUAAAAUGAUUUAGAAAAAAUAUUCAUAAGCAACAUUGAUAGCCUACCUCUAACAUGACUAAUAAAAUUAAUUAUAACAUUUCAAUAGUUCAUGUAUCACUGAGGAGUACCAGCUUUUAUAAAAUCAGUGUUAGUCAAAAAUUUAAAUGUAGGUUUUUAAAAUCUCAUCUUUAUUCAGAAACCUUGGGCACUUUGUUAAAAAGAUAAAAGCAAAUGUAAAAUUGUAAGAGACUGAAUGUAGAUUUUCUGCUAAUAGAGAAAAUAGUUAAAUACUAUAUUCCCAAACAUUUGUUGGAUAGUAAGACUGUCAGAGAGGUACUAGUUGUGUUAAAGAUGUAAUGGAACAUGACUGUACUUUGAUGGAUGCUGCUGACUUUGUCUUUUUGUAUCCUUAGCACCCACCACGGUGACUUGCACAUAGUAGAUACUUUUAUUGAAUUUUUCUUUUCCCUUCUUUAGUCCUCAAGAGCUUCUCAUCUUUAUCUCUUCUUCCUCCUUAUCAAUCUCUUCCUUAAAAAGUUCUUUCUCCCCCUUACGUAAAACAGAUCCUCCAAUUUGUACCUCUUUUGCCUUCUAUCUGCCUACAAAUUUUACUUCUUCCCCAGUUUUCCCUUGACACACUGCUCUUCUCUUCAUGCCCUCUAGUCCUUCCAAUCUUACUGUUCCUAUAUUAUUUCCUCUAGUUGCUGCUUUCAGUGGACUCUUCGAUCACCUCUGCCUUUCUGAAUCUUCUCCCUUUUUUUAAGCUCCUUUAGCUAAAUACCUCGCCCAAGGCCUUUUCUGAAUCCCUCAAAGCUUAGGGCCUUGCUCGCUUCUGCCUGCCUCUCCCCCCAUUUGUAUAUAGUUAUGUGUACGGGUUCAAUUUCCCCCACAGAAUGUUAAGUAUAGCCAGGCAUAAAACCUGGUACAUUGUGGGAAUUUAAUAAAUGCUUGUUCUCUGAUCUUCUGAAUUCUAAUUCAAAGAACAUAGGCAAAGUAAUUUCUUAUUACUGUUUUUAUUUUGUACUCGGCUUUACAGUAAAGAAACAACAGAAGAAAUAUUUCAUUAAAAAAAAUACCAUUAUUGGUUUAAAAUCAGGUUUUGUUUAACAAAGCGUUAACAUUAAAUCCUAAAAUCACAUCUUUGUGUUUUAUAUACAAGAGCUGUGUGCAAAGUGCUUUUCAAACUACAAAAUAAGAUUUUAGGACAGGAUAGAAAGUAUUUUAACCCCAAGAGAUGACAACCCCUGAACCACCUGCAGUUGAUCACAGCUGCUUACAUUCAACAAGUCUGAU